AUGAAGCUUGCAAAACCUAGAUAUAAGCUCUCAGUAAUACUGACAACACCCUGUCAGUUAGAUAUCACAGCACCGCCAUUUUACAGAUUUAAAAAAAAAAAACUGAAACUAAGGGAGACAAAUGACAGUUGCUUAAAAUUUUACACCUUCCAAAUGCUAGAACAAAGACUCAAAUGUAGAUUCAUGAGCUUAAAACCAACCUCUUUCCACCAUGGUUAUAAUAAAUCCCAAGUUGAAUUUACAUUUAAGACCUUACGCCAGCACACGAGGCAGCCUGCGUCCAGUGUCUCUGAUGGCAAUUGUGCAAAAACGCAGAGAUGUAACUGUUCUCUCUAUUAA